UAAAGCCUUAGAUAAAACCUUAGAUCAACGCAUCGGAGCCUUAAAUAGUCUCCAAUACUCACUACCUGUCUACAAUAAGGCAGUUUCGCAUUUGCUACGGCGUAGAGCGGCCGCUACGCCUGCUACGCGGAGCGCGCUACGUUUCAAAGUUUCUACGACUGACCGUCAUAACAAAAUACGAAAUAUAUGGUAGUGUAUUUAUUUAGUUAGAAUUUAUGUGAACAAAAAUGUGUAUAACAUUUAAAUAUGAUAUAGAACAUGUGAAAUAAUACCAAUGAUGUGGUCAAGUGUGAUUGCUCAAGUUCUGAACUACUAUGAAGAAUAGUCGGCGCUAAAGUGCCGGCCUGGCAUGAGACGGCCGUCGCGACCCACUUCGUCCCUUAACUUCCACUGCUCACCCCUCUACGGAAAAUCCUUUCAGAUCCCCUCUAUCCUCUCCCUUACCUCCAUAUUCCUCCUACUGCCAUUAAUCAACACACAAAUGAACUCAACUAUUCUAACAUUUCAACAUAAUCAAGUAAACACAACAUAUAAAAAUUCAAUAAAAUAUUUAAGCUCCAAUUACGCCAAUGAAUCUAAUAAUAUUGGCAAUAAUAAAACAAUUGUAAGUAGUAAAAAAUAUCAAACACUAUUAGAUAGGUUCAGAAGAAAAAACGUAGCAGAUAACACGACAGCUCACAAUGAAAGCAAUAUUUUUAAUAAUUCAUCACAGGUUAAUAUAAAUACUCUAAUUAAUAGCAAAAAAUUAAUAAAUGAUAAUGAGGUAUUAGAUUUUCAACUGCUAAAUAAUUCUAUAGAUGUAGAAGCAAAUAGAACUUAUAGAGAAAUAGAAACAAAACCAAGAAAAGUAGAUGGUAACUCGAUGGAGAAGUUAAGAGUAGACGAUGCGACUAGAACUAAAAUAUUCCAUGACUUUUCCACUACUGUAAAUAAAAAUGUUAAAUCUAAAACUACAAUUCGUGAUAAUGAUUUUUCUGUAGAUUUAAUGAAUUUUAAUGAAAGUAUUAUAGAUGAUUAUUUAAUUGGAAAUGAAACAGGAAAUAAUUCAGAUGAAGAUAUAGUUACAAGGAAGUACAUAAAUGAGUCGUUAGGAUAUCCUACUGAUUAUCCAUCUUCCUCCCAUAUUCCUACAAUUGCAAAUAUGAAAACGCCACGACCCAGCUUUUUUGAUGAUCUCCCAAAAUCAACGUCGAACCGUAUCGUUUCCAUACUGGGCCUAUUCGAGCUGUCCGUGGGCGAUGCUCCGCGCGCAGAUGGUGCCUCAGAGCUGGCGGCCGCCAGGCUGGCAGUGGCGCAUGUCAACGAUCGAGCCCUGCUGCCUGGCUAUAAAAUGCAUCUUAUCACCAACGAUACUAAGUGCGAUCCAGGCGUGGGAGUGGACCGAUUUUUCCACGCUCUAUACACGGAAAGGGACUCCCGUAUGGUGAUGUUGCUUGGCACUGCGUGCUCCGAGGUCACUGAGAGCAUCGCGAAGAUUGUACCCUAUUGGAAUAUCGUCCAGGUGUCUUUUGGAUCAACAUCACCAGCCCUCAGCGACCGGUCAGAGUUUCCACUGUUCUGCCGUACUGUAGCACCGGACUCCUCCCACAAUCCGGCGAGAAUAGCAUUCAUCAGACAAUUCGGCUGGGACACUGUGACGGCGUUCUCGCAGAACGAAGAAGUAUACUCGUUAGCAGUGAACGAGUUGGUGACGCAGCUGGAAGCGGCCAACAUCACGUGCGCGGCUUCCAUCACCUUCGCCGAGUCCGACUUUAAGGAGCAACUGCAGCAACUAAAGGAACUGGACACCCGCAUCAUUAUAGGCAGUUUUUCACAAGAAAUGAUACCGAAGAUCUUCUGUGAGGCAUUCAAGCUGGGCAUGUUCGGGGCGGAGUACGCGUGGCUAGUAGCGGGCGCGCCGCCACGCGUGCGCGGCGCCGCGCCGUGUGCGCGUGCGCACCUCGCCCGCGCCCUCGAGGGACUCGUCACCGUCACCGCGCACAGGGGGCUAGUGGGCGACGUCAUCUCUUACUCUGGACUGACAAACGAGAUGUUCUAUCGGGAAAUGGAGAGUGCCGGCGUCCCAGUGUCCCCAUAUGCCCCGCAGACUUACGACGCUGUUUGGGCAAUAGCGCUCGCACUGAGCAAAGCCGAAAAUCUCUGGCGAAACUUGGCAAUGACGGACAAUAACGGAACAUCGCACAAACGAGGGUGGAAGUUGGGACUUGGACACUUUGAUUACGACAGAAAAGACAUGGCCGAAGAGUUUUUGAAUCAGCUAGCCAAUUUGAGCUUCCUCGGUGUUUCGGGUCCAGUUUCGUUUAAUGGAGCUGAUAGAAUAGGGACUUCUGCCUUUUAUCAAAUACAAGGGGGCCGACCAAAAACAGUAGCUCUGUACACCCACGGCAGAGAAUUGCGGUGUAAAGACUGCGCGAGACCGCAGUGGGCUGGUGGUAUACCAGCCGCAAGGAGAGUCCUCGUACUCAGGGUGGACUCUGUGUGGGCACCAGCGAGGCUCGCCGUAGCUACUUUAGCUGCCGCCGGUGUGGCACUAGCAUUAGCGUUCUUAGUGUUCAAUUUACAUUAUAGUAAGCGACGGUCUAUAAAGCUGUCAUCACCGCGCCUCAACAACAUGACCCUAAUCGGCUGUGUGUUAGUGUACACCGCAGUGGCCUUGCUGGGGGUGGAUAACGCCACGCUGCCUUCUUACGUACCCUUCUCUGCUAUGUGUACUGGUAGAGUCUACAUCCUCUCGGCCGGAUUCUCCCUCGCUUUUGGUUCGAUGUUCGCAAAAACAUAUCGAGUUCAUCGUAUAUUUAUAAGUAAUCGCAGUGGCGUUUGCAAGACAAAACUGCUACAGGAUACGCCCCUCAUUUCCCUAGUCUGCGCAUUGCUAGUGAUCGAUGGUCUCAUAGUAACCCUAUGGGCGAUGCUCGAUCCUAUGGAGAGACACCUGAAGAACCUUACUAUAGAAAUCAGCGCCACGGACCGCAGUGUCGUGUACCAGCCACAGAUAGAAGUCUGCAAAUCUCAGAACACGGCCGGAUGGCUGUGCGCCCUCUAUGCUUACAAGGGAUUGCUCCUGAUUGUCGGAGUGUACAUGGCCUGGGAGACCAGAAACGUCAAGAUAUCAGCGCUCAAUGACUCCAAAUACAUCGGCAUCAGCGUCUAUUCUGUGGUCAUCACGAGCACUAUCGUGGUCGUGAUUGGAACUAUCAUUUCUGAACGGGCAACGUUAGCGUACAUCACAAUAACUAGUCUCAUUUUGAUCACUACGACCUCAACGCUAUGUUUGCUGUUCCUACCCAAAAUUGUGGCUAUAAUGCGAAAUGCUGAAGAAGAUCCCGUUAUACAAAGCAUGGGACUCAGAUUAGAAUGUAAAACUAGAAGAUUCAUCACAGAUGAGACACAAGAAUUGCAUUUUAGAAUCGAAAUACAAAACAAAGUGUAUAAAAGAGAAGUGGCCGCUCUAGACAAGGAGAUUGGGAGAUUGGAGAAAUUGCUAGCGGAACCACUAUCUGCUAGCAGUUCUAAUGCGUCUAUUCCGUUACAUAGAAGAACUGAACUAAACACAGUGGAAGAAGAAGGUCGAACUCGAUCAGACUCUGAUAGACGCACUCCGAGUAUCAGUGGCGGUCUACCAAUGCUCCUGCUCUCGGUUCUUCCACCAGUCAUCCCUAGAGCCAGCUGGCCUUCAGCAGAGGCCUGCAGAGGUCGAAACUCUGUCAGUUUCAGCUCCCAACCCAAACUGUACCACAGAAAGUCGCAACCAGCUAUAGACUUAUACAGUCUCUGUUUAAGUAAGCGAGAAGAAAACCCUGGUCUUCUCAGUAGACUAAAGAGCUUCUUUGGAAGCCGACCGUCCAGUAGGAAAGCUUCAACGAUGUCUAUAGCAGAUCCCACUGGACAGAGUAUAGCGGCUGCAUUGAAGAUGCAUGUAGGUAUGAUAGCUGGUCUUGUCCCAGGGAACAGGAAACAUUCUAUGGUACUAUCUUGUAAUACAUUACAUGUUCCACAUCCUGAAAUAAGAUUGCGCAGGGAAUCGUAUGCUAAAAGUGGGCCUAUUAUAAGAAUAACUGACGACGAGCCGUCCUGUUCCUAUCAGUCAGAGAAGAGCAUAUCUUCGGGAACGCAAAAGUACAUCGCGGAACCAGAGACCAAAGUCAACUUUGUACUCCCAAGCACCCAUAACAAGCCAAUGUCCCAUCAGAACUCUACUGAAAAGAUCAGAGGAUCCCCAAGGUUUCCUCAUAGAAUAUCACCGACUGCAGUCAGUUUAACAACCUUAGAUACCAGAAGGAAGACAAGUGCAGACAGUGUGUUCAGUAUAGCGGGGAAAGUUUACGAUGAACAGAGAAGAUAUAGUCAUCAGAACGUCAGUGAUCAAGAAUCUAAAGGCAAAGCAGUUUUAGAGAACAGAUGGAAGUCUACGGAAGAUGCCCGGCCCGGUCCCUCGUCGAGGAAUUGAAACGCAACUUCUAGCUCAUUGUUUAAACAUAAAGACGAAACAAUUAAGAGAGACAGUUGAUAAUAGACUGUCUGUCUUAAAUAAGGGUUUUAUGAAAUCUAUUUUAUAUAAAAAUAAUUAUCAACAAUAUAUUUUUUUGCCACAGAAUAGACCAAUAGAAAAAACAGCGUCAAAUUUAUAAACUCAAAUUGUAAAGAAGUUGCUAUCUUUGAAACGUUAACAAUAAUUCUGACAAGAAAAUAUCUACGCUUUUUUUAUACAACUUAGAAUGGCAAACAAGCUGACGGCCCACCUGAUGGAAAGGGGUAACCGUCGCCUAUAGACAUGAGCAGUACCAUGGACAUAACAGAGUAUACUGUUUCGACCAUGAUACACCCCAUGCGUUGCCAUUCCUGACGACUCAGGUGUUAUUCCUCUGUAUCCAGUAAAUUCACGCCAUAUCCCACCCUUCAAACCGAAACACCAUGCAAACACAACUGCUUCACGGUUGAAACACGAAUGGGACAGAGGUACCCAAGCAAACGACUUUUGUACAAAGUCUCCCUCUGGUGACUUUACGUAGCAUGUGAUUAUAUCAAUGUUAAUUAUUAAAAAUGUAAAUAAUAUAUAGAAAAGGUAACGCAGACUGUUAUAAGUCGUAAAGUAAAAGGAAAUUUAACACCAAAGAGUAGAUUUUAGAUCUGUGUGAUUACUGCUCUUUAUUUUUUCUUUGGGAUACCUAUAAGGUACCUAUUAGCGUUUUUACCAAAAUCUCUUCAAAAAACACUCGUGUCGCUUAAAGGUAUACAAUGAUAUUCUCUCUAAAUCUGUCCAUAAAAACUGUUCCUUAUGGCAAUCUACAGGAGAAGCCUAUGUUCGACAGUGGACAUAAAAUGGCUGCAGAGCCGUAGCUAGACCUAAAUUUUGGGGUAGGACAAAAGAACUUUUUGGUAGGGCAGAAGCCAUAAUUACGUGAUAUCAAAAAAGCGAAUCUAAUUUUGUUGGGCCUUUAAUUUAAAGUAAGGUGGGGCAUUGCCUCUCAAUGCCCCCCCCCCUACCUAGCUACGGCCAUGAUGAACGGCUGAUAUGAUGAUGAUGAUGAUGAUAAUUAUGUUACAUAAUUUCCGGAAAAUAAAUCUUUACUUUUCUUUUUAAAGUCGAUUAAAAAUCAUAAACUACAUAUAGUUCUUAUUCUAAUUAUUAGAAUUCCUUUUUCUCUCUUAUUAUAAAAAUUUCUUUAAUUUCGUAUAAAAUCUAUUUUACUGGCAAUUAAAUAAAAAAAAAAUGAAGCUUAAUAGCAUUUAAUUAGUAUUAUAGGUAAAUAGAAUAUCUAAGGUGUGCCAAACUGUGUUAAUAUUAUAUUUCUAAAAUAAGUCGUAAUGAGAUUUACUAUUCUUAUGGUUAAGUAUACAUGAAUGUGCAAUAGUUUUGUUAAAUAUAAUGUUUAAUCUAAAAUAAUAUUAGUAAGUUCAUGUAAAAUCAUAUUACGUGUAAAAAAAAUUUUUUUCGUCGACUAUUAAUUUGUUAAAAAAAAAACAUUUUUUAUCAAAAGGGCCCACAUACAGAUUGAAUUUUAAAUCCUUAGCAAUUAUAAAAAAAAAAUAGCAUUCCUUUUGAAGAAGUUUUCUACCUGUUAAAGUAAUAUUUUUAUGAUAUUGCUUGUGCCCUGAUUAAAAAUUGUGUCCCACAAAAAAAUCUACUUCAAUCGUGACAAAAUCAGUUAUUUUGAUCGAAAAAUUAGACUACUGUACCGAUUUCGAUAUUAUUCUACCUAUGGGACCAGUCUGUAAGUAUAUAUUUUCAGAUAAAAAAAAGGAUUUUCCAAAUCGGUUUACAACUGACUAGAGUUAUGACAUAACAAACAUAAAAAAAAUCCAACCCAAUUGAGAACCUCUUUCUCUUUAAAGUCGGUUGAAAAAGGUUAAUUUUGUAUACUUUAAAUAUCAUUUUUACAUAUUCAACAUAUUUCUAUUAGAAUUUAUUACAGAAUAAUUGAAUUUUUACAACGCUUCUUUUCUAUAUUUUUAAACCAUGAUAUUGCGAACAAUUGGCAAUUAUAAUUAUGUAUAAUAGAUAUAAUAGAUAUGAAAAAAAAGGUAUAAAUACCUAAAAAAAUAAAUUUGCCUGUUAUAAUAUAAAUAAAUAAAAAAAAUAAUACUAUUUAUCACAUAGUGAAGGUGUUUAAUUUAACGAACUUAUAUAAAAAAUAUUAGGCCAUAAUUAUAUUAAACAUAAUAGGUGUGGAAUCACUAUACGCUCUAUAAAAUAUACAAUAUUGACUUUAUCAAGCAAUAUCGUAGUAUUAUAUUAGUAUAUUAUCACUAUGUAAGUGUCACUAUACUGUGCCUACACUGGGGCAUAGAGGGCACUUUAUUUUUAGAAAAAAAAUUAUAUUCUAGCGUAUACUUGCCCUUAUAUUUUAAGAGCGGUCCUAGAGAAGUGUUCAAAUUUUAUAUGUAUAAAAAGGAGUUCUUAAACUAAUCAGAUUCCUUUAGAUUUUCUUCUGUGUGAAAUAUGCAAUUAAAUUUAUUAAUUAAUUA